GAUCAAAUGCGAGCGAUGCUCGACCAACUGAUGGGAACAGCUAGAAAUGGCGAAACUAACCGGUACUCCGUGAAGUUCUACGACAGCAAAGUAUGUAAGAGUUUUUUAUUAGGCUGCUGCCCGCACGAGAUCCUCGCUUCGACGGUAAGUAAAGGCACCCGCCCCGCCCCUUUUCUUAGCCCUACCUUCGGUCCGAUCAAGUCCGCUUUACGUACCCGUGGAAUGCUUACUUUUCGCAAACCACUCGAGGAGCCUUUGGGAAGGAAAACGACUAAUCCGCAUUGUCCUAUCGCUCAAGACGGGCCCUUGCUCUGUGUAACGUGAACACCACAUCUUUCUUUUUGCUAUUUAAGGCCAAAAAUAUCCGCCCAAAAGACAAACGAACAUGGUUAGAAUUUUUAAGUGAAGAAUGAUAAAGGAGGCUACGGCUUGGUAAGUGGUGGUAGCGCAGUAUUUAAAAUGUUGCCCCAGUAACGCAAAUGAUCUUUUCCAUGCCUUGUAUGAGUAGCGUCAGCUUUCAGUACGAGCAAGUAUUCCCUUCCUGGCAUCGUCUAUUAAGAAGACGAACAGAAGGCAAGUCGCGAUCACUCUUGUUCUCCACGGUACACGUAUUUGGGUUGACACGAUUGUUGCGGAGAAAUUAUUGUCUGAGACAGAUUCGUAAGUACACAUCCUGUGACGGAACAAUUGAUUGAGCAAUCUAUCGAACGUUGCUGCUUAGGAACCCCUCUGUACCCUAUUUCCCCACUCCUCAAAAAUCGUUCCUCAUCUGCUAGGUUCGCACAGGACUUUCACUCAUGGAGGAAGGUUCAUUUGCUAUCAUUCAUUCCGUUGUGGCAGUUGCAGUGGCAGCUUUGUUCGUAAGUGAUUCUAAUUCCUCACCAAUGACUUUCAAUGCGCCAUGUUCUGUGUUUCUUCAUGCAACGUUAGCAUUGAUCCUCUCUUUGACACUGCCUUACUGUUACUCUCCCACGGUUGGGCCAUCUAUGCUGAGUUCGGUAGUAUGCAGUUCGGGUCCCAUCAUAAUCCGGUAUGACUGUUUCCCAAGAUGACUUUAAACCGCACAGUUAUUUCACUUAGGCACUAUGGCUGGACCAUUCCGGUUCUUCCCUUGAUCGACAUUUGUGAAAUCAUUCGCCACUAUCGAUUGUUAUCCACUUGCGUAUGGGUACGUAUUAAUGCAAACUGAAAACGAUCAAAGCCAAACAAGAAUAGGCGCAAGCUGUAAUGGAAUAGGCGAAAUGCUAUAGGUAUGUAACCAAUGAUCAAGUGCGAAUAAACGGAAAAUUGUAGUUAUUUGCAUGUUCGAGUACGGAGAGCAAAGCCAAACAUGAACGAAGCGGUUAAGUCGAUGUUACAUAUGAUGUCCUUCCAUGGAUCAUUAUAAAGAAUGACACUUUUCUUUAGAUGGUUUAAUGUUUAACGAUACAAAUGUACAAUUCUACGAACGGUGAUUGAAACACAUUUAACGAGCACAGACUAGCCUUAUAUGAGCAAUGCCACCGUUUUGUGUCCACAGAAUCGGUAUAAAGCAGUGAUACGUACGUAUAUCUAUAUAAUAUUAUUUCUAGUACACAAAAUACGAUGGAAUACUGUUCCGCAGUUGAUUUUCUAUCUGUUUCUCGUUCGAUUCGCAAAAAAUGGCUUUGCAGAACCCAUAGGUCCUUCGAUAAAAAUGAGUACUACGUACACAAAGGCAUCACCAUUUCCGUAUGUAUGAUAGUAGUUUUGAAAAGUUAAAAAACGGAAAGUUUCUCCCCAUCAUUCACGGCAUCAAAUGAUAAAAAAUUUAAACAUGUGCCUGCAAGUUAAAAUCCCCAAAAGUAUGUAAACGUAAAGUACGGAUAUAACCGGCAGAAGACGGAUUAUGAUGGCGUUUUCCCUUGGGUGGUUUGUGUGUUUAAUGAUCUUUGCAUACCAUCAUUGUCGCGUUUCGGUUGCAAACUGUUGAAAUGGAUAAUCCAACUGGCCCAUUAGUACUGAAAUCCACUCAUCUUAGCUGUAUUCUCCCACUUUCGUCAUCCAUAACAGUUUGUUGCUGAAUCGUGAGAAUGUGAAUCCGAAUUAUGGAUACGAGUGAGUGGCAAGACUAUUUUGCAAACUUACUAAUCUGUGUGAUAUACAGUAUCGAGGCGAAAAGUUGAAGUGAACUUUUCAAUUUAUUGUUCUUUUGAUGACAACCAAAGCGCUAUCUUUUUUGGCCAUUUCAUUUUGCAAUUCAUACUAAAAGACGAUGGAUCGUUUUCUUUCUUUUUUACUUUCUCAUCUACGCAUAGCGUAUGGAUCUUGGCGAGUGUCCAAAAGUACAUGAUCUUGCCCUGCGUGCUGAUUACGAGAACGCUUCGAAGAACAAGGACUAUUACUAUGACGUUGAUGCGAUGGAGCAUCUUCAAGCGUUUAUCGCGGAUUGCGAUCGUCGUACCGAAGCGGCAAAGAAGCGGCUGGCAGAGACACAGGAAGAGCUGACGGCCGAAGUGGCCGCUAAAGCCAACGCUGUACA